CACCGGACAAAGUAGCAAUACAACCGUAACAAAAACACAAACCGUACAACAAUCAGCAUCCGGUGGUAAAACAGCAGAUACAGGCAAGAGCACGGGACAAAGUAGCAAUACAACCGUAACAAAAACAGCAACAGCACAACAAUCAGCAUCCGGUGGUAAAACACUAGAUACAGGCAAGAGCACCGGACAAAGUAGCAAUACAACCGUAACAAAAACACAAACCGUACAACAAUCAGCAUCCGGUGGUAAAACAGCAGAUACAGGCAAGAGCACGGGACAAAGUAGCAAUACAACCGUAACAAAAACACAAACAAUACAACAAUCAGCAUCAGCAGCAUCUAAGGGCGCAACUAAGGUCGUUAAUGAUACAAAAUCAGCUUCCACAACGAAAGUCACCAGUAGUGCAACUAAUAAGACAAGCAAUGUUGACAAAACCUCACAAGGUGGUGGUAAUACAACCGUAACAAAAACACAAACAAUACAACAAUCAGCAUCAGCAGCAUCUAAGGGCGCAACUAAGGUCGUUAAUGAUACAAAAUCAGCUUCCACAACGAAAGUCACCAGUAGUGCAACUAAUAAGACAAGCAAUGUUGACAAAACCUCACAAGGUGGUGGUAAUACAACCGUAACAAAAACACAAACAAUACAACAAUCAGCAUCAGGUAACAUUAACAUUCCGCUACCAUCAGCAGCAAAACCUUCUGCUACGACAGCGAAGAAUGUACAACCCAGCAAACAACCCGUUACAACCGGUCCAAAACAAUCAGCAACCACCAAAAAACCUUCUGCUACGACAGGGAAGAAUGUACAACCCAGCAAACAACCCGUUACAACCGGUCCAAAACAAUCAGCAACCACCAAAAAACCUUCUGCUACGACAGCGAAGAAUGUACAACCCAGCAAACAACCCGUUACAACCGGUCCAAAACAAUCAGCAACCAGCAAAAAACCUUCUGCUACGACAGCGAAGAAUGUACAACCCAACAAACUACCUGUUACAGCCGGUCCAAAACAAUCAGCAACCAGCAAAAAACCUUCUGCUACGACAGCGAAGAAUGUACAACCCAACAAACUACCCGUUACAACCGGUCCGAAAAAAUCAGCAACAGCAGCUACCAAAUCGAAACUGCCACUACAAAAAUCGAAAAGUAAAGUAGCCGCGUAG